AUGGGGGAUUUGGAGAGUGGGUUAUCACAAGAGCAACGAUCCCACUUAAUUUCAGGUUACAAGAACGUUCGAGAUGGUAGUUUACACAUUUAUAAUUCUGCAAGACUUGCAAGUGAGACUGAGGAAACUGCUGCUACGGUACUUAAGGAGUUGACAACACAAAGGGAGGUCAUAAACCGUACUAGACAUUCAUUGGUAAAUAUUUCUGAGAUACACGAGGAAGCUCAAGGGCUCAUUCACGAUAUAAAUCGUGGAGAUUUCGUUAAUAAGCUUGUAUUAUACGGCAUUAUCGUAUUAGAAACUAUUGCUAUAUUUAGUAUAUUCAUUUCAAAGAUCAUAAAGCGCUAG